CGGUCGCAUUUGCUCACCRACGAAGUCUACCAUCUUGAUUUCAACAGUGACACUUUUAUUAUGUUUGUGCCAGUUUUUCCGCACUGAAUUGAUCCUAAACGAGCAAAUGGCACGAGUCGAUAAGUUGGAAAUGAURAAAACACAACGCGACAAGAAUACUGCAGUUAUUGAGAACAUCAAGUCGAUGUUAAACGCUCAAGUCACAAGAAUGAAGGAUUUUGAAGACCAUAUCAACAAGUAUCCUUGUUCUCAUCUGAAAAGAAAGAAAAGGGCUACCAUACCAGAUGAACAACAAAUGGCGGUUGAAUUGGCUGAGCUCAAACGGUACCUUCCAAAGAUCAUACAAGCCUUGGGGGCGUUGCAGUUAGAAAAGAAAAUACCAGGACCGAGAGGACCACCAGGUCAGUCCGUAGUACCACCACGAUCAGUAAUUAUUUCACCUCCACGUUUGGUUAUCAGUGAAAGUCAGUCGGCCAUCUUGGAGUGUUCUGCCAGUGGAUAUCCACAACCUGUUGUUGCGUGGAGUAAAGUCAACGGUUCAUUACCSAAASAGAGAUUUUUYGUCGACAGUAGCGGGAAACUGGAAUUGAAGAAUGUCACUAUUCAUGAUUCAGGGACCUAUCAGUGUAAAGCUUCCAAUAUUCUUGGCAGUGCAGAAGACAAAUCAGAAAUCGAAGUGAACUUUAGUCCUCGAGUGUCCUUAAYCAAAGGACCAAUCUACAAAAUGGYUGGUGAUGACAUUCGUAUACCUACCUGUCACGUGACUGGUAUCCCUGAACCAAAAGUCACGUGGUCUAUGUCUAUCGGUUCUUUGCCAGAUAAUCGUUCUGUUGUCAGAGAUGGACAGCUUACUGUACUAAAAGCGGAAAAAGWUGAUUCUGGGAUAUACGUUUGCAAAGCUGAAAAUMGUCUUGGAUCAGCCGUAGGAUCUAUUAUGGUAAAUGUUAUCGAUCUGCCUGUGUUUGUUGUCAAGCCACCAUCCUCCAAAACAACACAUAAUGGAGCAACCAUAGUGUUGAAUUGUASSGCUAAAGGUGACCCCCAGCCUGUURUCAGUUGGARAAAAGACAACGGCGUCCUUCCUGUUGGUAGAUAUGAAGUAAAAAAUGCCUCUUUGAUUAUAAGGAACGUCAAGAAGACUGAUUCAGGUGUGUUUUCGUGCACUGCUACGAGUGCUGGUGUUUCUCAUUCACAUGUUAGUACGACAUUAACUAUAUUACAUUUCAAAGAUUGCGCUGAGAUUUACAAAUCAGGAGAGAGACGUAACGGUGUGUACACAGUUCAACCCGACAAGCAGCCUGCAUUUCAAGUCUACUGUGACAUGAUAACUGACGGUGGGGGUUGGUCUGUGUUCCAGCGAAGACAAGAUGGAUCGGUUGAUUUCUUUCGCAAUUGGACGCAAUACAAAACAGGUUUUGGAAACCUGUAUGGCGAGUUUUGGUUGGGCAACGAUUACAUCCAUCGACUGACAUCAAGAACACCGACGAGAGUGCGAGUUGAGGUUGAGGACUGGUACGGAACUAGGAAGUAUGCCAAAUAUGGUAGUUUUAGUGUUGGUGAUGAAUCAGACAAGUACAGGCUGACGGUUGGCUCGUAYUCAGGUUCUGCUGGGGACUCGUUAGCAUGGCAYAACAACAUGGCGUUUACUACAAAAGAUAAAGAUAACGACAAAAACGGUAGAGUUAACUGUGCUUCACUGUAUAUUGGUGCCUGGUGGUAUAAUGAUUGUUAUUAUUCUAAUCUAAAUGGAAAGUACCUUGGAAACAAGGUGUCAAACAAAGGAAUGAUUUGGUUCCAUUUUCAUGACAAUUAUCCAAGUUUAAAGAAAUCUGAAAUGAAAAUGCGUACUAGUGGAUUCUAGCACAGUAAGAAAAAGCUAAAGUUAUUGGUCUCUCUUAUUUGUGCAGAUCAUUUAUCAACGAUAUGUCAAACUCGUCUGUGCUACAUGUAGUGUUUAUAACGAUGAGAUUAGAGGCAAAUAGUCAAUGAYAAAAUAAUGAUUUAUUACAAAAUACAGAACAAAUAUUGUACGCUGGGAAAAUAUUGAUAUCUAUAUGCGUGUUCUGGUAAUGAUAAWAACAACUUUAUUAGUCAGGGUAAACAYCAUUACCGUAAAACGAUAAUUUUCAGGUGGCCCUMAUAGAAAAUAAAUAAUAUAUCUAAAAUUAUGUUUAAAAGACAUUAAGUUAAAAAGGCUAUGUAUAUUAUCACUAUUUACAGAGGAUAAAGUAGAGAGAGUAUAAUGUUUUAAGUAUCUAGGUAAAAAUCUUGAUCAUAUCUCAAUGUCUCCAUAGUGAGACAUGAUAUAAUUAGUU